AUGGGCAAGCGAUCGUUCGAAGAGGCCGAGGGCGCGGACGUCAAUGGAUACGAGGGACAGAACGAAAACAAGAGCCAGAACCAGCACCAGCACCAGCACAAACCCAGAAACCCCCACAACAGAUUCAACCCCAAGAACAUUGCAAAGCGUCAAAAGACCACCCAGAAGAUCAACGAUGGCAACCUUGGUCAAAUCAAGAAGCGUGUCAGAGCGAUCGAACGCCUUCUCGAACACAAGAACGAAAAGUUGCCUGCCAAUGUCCGGAAUGACCUCCAGCGCGAACUGCAAGCCCACAAGCAGAGGAUUUACGACGAGAGCGACAAGAGGCUGAGGAGCAAGAUGAUUAGCAAGUACCACAUGGUCAGAUUCUUCGAGCGCAAGAAGGCGGAGCGCCUCGCAAAGCAACUGAAGAGGCAACUCAAUGAAACCGAAGACGAAGCCGAAAUCGCCAGGUUAAAAGCCGACCUCCACAUUGCCGAAGUCGACCUCGACUAUGCUCUCUACCAUCCCCACAUGGAGACCUACAUCAGCUUGUACCCCAAGUCCAAGGACGAAGCCACAGAGAAGGACGAGAAGGGCUCAGCCGCACACCACCUCCACUCAUCAAGACCCCCAAUGUGGACCACUAUCGAAAAGGCCCGCGAGGAGGGUAAGAAGGCUCUGGAGAAGAUUCGCGACAGGCGGCCGGAACGCGAUCUCUCACUCGAGAAACCUGCGUCCAAGAAGACCGCCAAGAAGGAUUCGUCACAGAACGAGGAGGAGAAGGAGGAGAGCGAGAGCGAAGAUGGAGGUUUCUUCGAAGAACACUAG